AUGAAAAUAUUAAUUGUAUUUUUAUUUGCAGUUGCUUAUUGCUAUCCAAUUGUUGUCACUAAUACAGACUUGAGCCCUUCUGAUUUAUUUAUCAAUCAAAUAGAUUUGAUGAGUAAAAUAAGACAGCAAGUAAAUUAAAAUAUUAUUUAGUAGGAAAACAAAAAAGUUAUCUUAAUAAAUAUUCAAACAUCUCAUUAAGAUAAUGAAAUAUUCUAAAGCAAAUUACUCAAAAGGAUAGAAAGUUUAAAGAAUUUUAAAAAAUUGUUAAAAUCUAAAUCCACUUUUGUUUCCCCAUUUGUAGAUUAUUCUUCAAUCCAGUUUGCUUAAGGACUCUAAAAGGAUAAUUAAGUAAUUAGCUUUAUUUAUUCUAGGCACUUUUGAAAUAGGCUAUUAUAAUUUUUGUAUAAAUUAUUACAGAGUUGUACUACAGUAUUAAGUUAAAAGGCGCUUUUAUUUUUUAAAAUCAUAUAUAUUAAUUAGGUAUGUAUAGGCUUUAAAAGGCAAUUAUAUAGAUUGUAAUAUUAUUUUGA